AUGUAUAGUUUCGCGUGCAACAGUCCCCACAGAACGGACUUAGCGAUGCAGGAGAAGCGCCACAUCAUCAUCAUUGGAGCUGGUGUUUCUGGCAUUCUUCUGGCGCAUCACUUUAGAAAGUACUUAUCCCAUGCCUACACAUUCAAGAUCGUGGAGAAGAAUCACGACGUUGGAGGCACGUGGCUAGAAAACACAUACCCAGGCUGCGCUUGCGAUGUUCCAUGUGAUAUCUAUCAAUACUCAUUUGCGCCAGCGAAGAGUUGGUCCAAAUCAUUUGCAUCCUCUGAAGAGAUACAGAAUUAUCUCUCGAGGGUGGUCGAUCACUUCAGUCUUAGAAGUCAUGUUGAAUUUAAGACCUCGGUGAAACGAUGUAUCUGGAUUGAGCAAGAGAGGAGGUGGUUGGUGGAUACCGAACAUAAUGGUGUCCUGGAAACAGGGAGGAGGGCGGAUAUCUUAAUCAAUGCCGCGGGAAUCCUGAACCACUACCAAUAUCCUAACAUAGCUGGACUAGAAGGCUUCAGAGGGCCCAUUAUGCAUACUGCAGACUGGGAUCACUCGGUCAAUCUAGUAGGGAAAGACGUCAGCAUCAUUGGGUCAGGCGCAAGCGCUAUUCAGGUCAUCCCCCAGAUCCAGCCUCUAGUCAAACGGCUGUUGGUCUACAUCAGAACUCCAUCAUGGAUUACUAAACUACCAGAAAGUUUUAGUGCAACAGAGAACUGUUCCAUCAACACCACGGAUGACUAUUUACAGCGUUGUAAAAUGCUAGAAAGCUACUAUAACAGGCUUUUCCCAGUCUUCUUUCGCAACUCCGAGACACAGAUACGCGAGCGCCAGGAGAUGGCUUUGUGGAUGGAGAGCCACAUCACAGAUCCUACACUACGCAAGAGCCUUAUUCCCGAGUAUGAAUUGGGCUGCCGCAGAAUCAGUCCUGGAGAACCCUUCCUACGCGCCUUGCAAGAGCCGAACGUUAAGUGCAUAUUCAGUCCGAUUGAGACAUGCCAUCCAGACGGCUUACAGACUGCCGAAGGCGUUGAGGCAUCCGAUGUCAUUGUUGCCGCGACGGGUUUUAACACCUCAUUUUGCCCUCGAUUCCCACUAGUAGGCCAGAAUGGUGUGGAUCUUAGGGUGCUGUGGAAGGACAACCCAGCGUCCUACAUGGGUCUUGGGUGUGCAGGUUUCCCAAAUUAUCUGUCAAUGCUCGGUCCCAAUUGUCCUGUUGCCAACGGCAGUCUGAUAGGAAGUCUCGAAGCGACAGCAGAUUUCAUUGUUCGCCUCCUCAAGCGCGUGGAAAGUCACGGGGUUGCCAUGUUCGUGCCGAAAAAAGGCGCCCAGGAAGAUUUCAACUUGCAGGUUGACGAUUUCAUGAAAGACACUGUCUGGACUGGUAACUGUACUAGCUGGUACAAACAAAGCCAAACUGGAAGGAUAACAGCCAUCUGGCCGGGUAGUAGUCUCCACUACCGUGAAGUACUUGCCCAGGACCGCUGGGAAGACUGGAAAUGGACUUAUCCGGGUGGACGCUUCAAGGCAUGGGGCAGGGGAAUGUCCGUGCUGGAACAAAGGGGAGGCGACUAUAGCCAUUACAUGGAACAUGGGCCUUUUUUACCAGAAUCCUCCCUAGCUGAGGCAAACCGCCUCUGGUGA